AUGGCGGAAACAUGCAGCAAAGAUUCCACCAACAUGAGGAUAGUUCUGCUGGGUACGCCUGGAUCAGGGAAGAGUGCAACAGGAAACACCAUCCUGGGGGGAGAGGUGUUUAGAGAAGAGACUGGAUCAGGGAAGAGUGUGUUGGGGAAAAGAGAGGUGGAGGGGAGGAGCAUCACUGUGAUUGACACUCCUGGUAUUUACAGCACAACACUGACUGAAGAACAACUGAAUGAGGAAAUGAGAAGGUGCAUCUCUCUCUCUUCUCCAGGCCCCCAUGUGUUCCUUCUGGUUAUCAGGCUGGAGAGAUUCACACAGGAAGACAGGAAUACUUUGUCAUGGAUCCAGGAAAACUUUGGCGAGGAGGCCUUGACUUACACCAUGGUGUUAUUCACCGGAAGAGAAAAACUAACCAGGAAGCAAUGGAAGGACUUUGAGAGGACUGAAACAACAAAACAACCAAUCAGUGUGUGUGGAGGAGGGUAUUAUGCUCUCAACAGUAAGUCAGAGGUCCACACCACUCAGGUCACAGAGCUGCUGAGGAAAAUAGAAGAGAUGGUGGAGAGGACUGGAGGAGGGCACGACCUAGAGCAGAGGUACCGGAAGAGAAAGGAGAUGAAUGAGAGGGAGAGGGAAUUAGAGAGGAGAGAGAAAGUGGUGUGGAUGAAGGAAGAGUUAACCAAGCCUCACAACUGGAGGAAACCUGGCACCAUCCCUACGGUGAAGCAUGGGAAAAUGGGGCUCUGCAGUGAAAAAUGGGAUAAACUCUCCAAAUACAGGUGUGCCAAGCUUGUAGAAGACUCAAGAUAG